AUGCGAGACUUUUCAGCGUUCAGCUCGCGCUUGACGAGGUACUCGUCGGAGAGGCAUUUGUCAAGGGCGAAUUUGGCCUCGUUGCAGCCGCCCAGGAACUUGGAAAAGGACUUCUCGCGGUGGCAGCGAGUGAGGUGCUCGAUGGCUUGUUCGCACUACGGUGGGGCGGUGGUUAGUAAUGUGGAAAAAAGCGAAAAGUGGCACGGAGGGAAGGCGGCGGGGACGGGGGGUGGGGACCAACCAUAG